AAAGUUGCCAAUUUUUUCUUUCCAGGUAUGCCCUCCAAUCUUUCCCUUUCUAGUUCUUCAUCAAUAUCUGCUAAAUUUCCCAUUAUUUAUCAUUUUUUCAACGAAACCCCUUUUGUUCUCUUCCGCGGAAUUGUCAAUCAAAAACCCUAGCUCUGUCUGUGCUUCAAAAUCCCCAAUUUUUAAUUAUGCAAUUUGUCCCCAAAAAACCCUAGCUUUUUUAUCGCGCUUAAGAGCUCAAAUUCCGAAACCCUUUUGGUUGCAUUAGAUUUGAUUCUGUAGAUUUUUGAAAUUGCUUGGAUUUUUUAUGAUAAAGUUGAGAUCUUUGAACGAUUCAGCUGGUGGGUUGUCUCUACAAUUUUUGCCCCUUUCAUUUUGCGCUCUAGUUGGGAAUCAAGUUUUACAAAGUCAGAAUAGUAGCACUCUGCAUUACACGUUUGGGUCCACAAAUUGGGUCUCAAGAUUGAGGUAUAUAGUUUCUGGGGCAUUUUGAUUUCAGUGCAUAUUCUCUUGAGAAGCUGAAGGCAGUUCAACGAGCUUCUAAAUUGCUCUGGUUGGAAAUGGCACAGAGAAUAUUUUUCAUGGAGCAGUUCAGCUAGCACAGCUACUUGUAGUGGCUUGAUGCUGAGGGCAGUAUGCCGGUUAUAGUCAGGGGAAAUGCAAAGGUAUCAUGCUGGCAGCAGCACUAGUGCAGUUAAUAACAGUACAAUUGGUGGGCCAUCGGCUAGGGACAUUGGAAGAAUUGAUUCAUCUUCCUUGCCAACUGCCUUUCCUGUAAGUUCAAGGCGACAACCACCAUUAAACCUGUACAAGUUGAAGUGUGAUAAAGAGCCCCUGAACUCUAGGCUUGGCCCCCCAGACUUUAACCCUCAAACACCAAAUUGUCCUGAGGAGACUCUCACCAAAGAAUAUUUGCUGUCUGGAUAUAGGGAUACAGUUGAGGGGCUUGAGGAAGCCAGAGAAAUAUUGCUGACUCAGAUUCCUCAUUUUAACAAGACAAUUGUCCUUAAUUGCAAAGAGGCCAUUAGAAAACGACUAAGGGCCAUCAAUGAAUCUCGCGUUCAGAAGCGGAAGGCUGGUCAAGUUUAUGGAGUGGCUCUUUCAGGAUCACAACUUUCAAAAUCCAGUGUUUUCCCCGAACAAAGGCCUUGUCCUGAAGAUUUCCGGAAGAAAUGGAUUGAGGGCUUAUCUCAACAGCACAAGCGAUUAUGUUCGUUGGCUGAUCUUGUUCCACAAUAUAGAAGGAAAUCAGUGUUAGAGGUUCUUAUUAGGAAUAAUGUUCCUUUGCUGAGGGCAACCUGGUUUGUAAAGGUUACAUACCUCAAUUUGGUUUGUCCUGGUUCUGCCAGUGUUCCUUCUGGGACUAAUGACAAAACACAGCUGUCUUGUUCUGAGUUUUGGACCAAAGAUAUUAUUGAAUACUUGCAAACUCUUCUGGAUGAUUUUUUCUCAAAAAGUACUUCUCAUUCUACUCUUCAUAAUCGAGAUCGAUCACCCCAAAUGCCUUAUACUGCGUCACUUAAGCACAGAACUAAUCAAUUAUUACCCGUUUCUGAUGGUGAAGAACCGUCUUUACAUUUUAAAUGGUGGUAUGUUGUUCGGCUUCUACAGUGGCAUCAUGCUGAAGGACUGCUUCUUCCUUCUGUUGUCAUUGACUGGGUUUUACAUCAACUACAGGAAAAGCAAUUGCUUGAGAUUUGGCAGCUGCUUUUGCCUAUUGUAUAUGGCUUUUUAGAAAUUGUUGUUCUAUCCCAAACAUAUGUACGCACUCUUACUGGAGUAGCUCUUCGUAUUAUUCGUGAUCCUGCUCCAGGUGGAUCGGAUCUAGUAGAUAAUUCUCGGAGGGCAUAUACGGCCGCUGCUCUUAUUGAGAUGCUCCAGUAUUUAAUACUCGCAGUUCCAGAAACUUUUGUUGCUUUGGAUUGCUUUCCUUUGCCAUCCUCUGUAGUUUCACAUGCAAAUAAUGAUGGUAAUUUUGUACCAAAAGCAAUUGAAGCUGCAGAAAAGAUAAAAAAUAGUUCAGAUGUUGUGUAUAUAUUUAAAAGUAAAGGCCUUGAUGCACGAUACGAAUCACUGGCAUUUGAUCGUGUUAUUGCAUGCAUUCGUAAACAUGCAGAAAAUCUCACAAAGGCAGUAAGCCCAGGCUAUCCAGGUGAUUGUCUGGCUAAAGCUGCACAAGCCUUGGAUAAUUCUCUUGUGCUUGGUGAUAUACGUGAAGCAUACAAAUUUCUUUUUGAAGACCUAUAUGAAGGACCUGCAACUGACGCCUGGGUUGCAAAAGUUAGCCCUUGUUUAAGGUUAUCCCUAAAGUGGUUUGUGAAUGUAAAUACAUCACUUAUUUAUUCAGUGUUUUUCCUUUGUGAAUGGGCAACAUGUGAUUUUAGGAAUUUUCGGACUGCUCCUCCUUGUGAUAUAAAGUUCACGGGUAAGAAAGAUAUGUCCCAAGUACAUAUAGCAGUUAGACUUUUAAAGAUGAAGCUGAGGAAUAUGCAGACUUUCUCAAGAAAAAAGAAUGGAAGUACUCAUCAUGGAGUCACUUAUUUAGCAAAAUGUUCAAGUCAGCAGAAUAACUGGAAUAUUGGAUCCAAAAUAAAAUGUAGCUCAAAAAGUAUGAAUCAGGGUAUCUGUUCUUCAGUUGCAUUUGAAAGCCCGGGUCCUCUACAUGAUAUCAUAGUUUGCUGGAUUGAUCAACAUGUGGUGCAUAAAGGAGAAGGCCUCAAGCGCUUGCAUCUCUUUAUAGUGGAACUCAUUCGUGCAGGCAUCUUUUACCCUUUGGCUUAUGUACGCCAGUUGAUAGUGAGUGGGAUCAUGGAUACAAGUGUAAAUAUGGUUGACCUAGAGAGACAAAAGAGACAUUGUCGAAUCUUGAAGCAGCUUCCUGGGAAAUUCAUUCACCAUGCUUUAGAAGAAUCAGAGAUUAUUGAAGGACCACUGCUUAUUGAAGCCUUACAUGUUUACUUGAAUGAGCGACGCCUCAUACUCCGUGGUUCCUUUAGUGAGAACCAUGACAAUGGCAGUGGUGCCAAUAAUUCUGAUGUCAAUAAAAAACAUUGUUCAUCUUCAACAAAAGAUAGAUCUUCUACAGUAUCAAUUGAUCAGCGAAAAACUGUUUCUUUGAAUAAAAUAUCGUAUAAAGUUGAGAAGGAUGACACUAGUGUUGAAGACCUGAAGACAGUCAUUUCAGUAUUGUUACAGCUGCCAAAAAGUUUAUUUAAUUUUACCACUACUGGAUUGGAUGAAUCUCAAGUCAGUGUCAAAAGACCUACUAGGUGUCGCAGCAAGAUUGAUGUCACGGAGGCUACACCUGGGUGUGAAGAAUGUAGAAGAGCAAAGAAACAAAAACUAAGUGAAGAAAAAAGUUCAUUUGUUCAAGCUCAUUUUUCAGUUUUAACCGAUGAUGAAGAUACAUGGUGGGUGAAAAAGGGCCUAAAAUCUUUGGAGCCUCCCAAAGUUGAUCAACCACUUAAGACAACUAAGCAGGUUACUAAGAGUCGGCAAAAGACUGUGCGUAAAACCCAAAGUCUUGCGCAACUAGCUGCUUCUAGAGUUGAGGGAAGCCAAGGGGCAUCAACAAGUCACAUAUGUGAUAAUAAGGUAAUCUGCCCUCACCAUAGAACUGCUAUGGAUGGAGAUACAGAGAAGUCUGUUGACGGAAUCCGUACUGGUCCGUGUGGGGAUAUUGUUUCAACAGGAAGAGCACUAAAACGCCUUCGUUUUGUUGAGAAAAAGCAAGUAACGGUUUGGCUGAUGACUUUAAUCAGGCAGAUUAUUGAAGACACUGAAAAAAGUAUUGGUAAAGUUGGCCAAUUUGGCAGGCCAGUAGCCACUGUGGAUGAUAAAAGUUCAAUACGGUGGAAAUUUGGGGAGGAUGAACUUUCUGCUAUACUUUAUCUGAUGGAUGUCUCAGAUGAAUUAGUACCAGCUAUUAAAUUCCUCCUGUGGUUGCUACCAAAGGUUAGCAGUAACCCGAAUUCUACAAUUAAUAGCGGCAGAAAUGCUUCAAUGCUGCAAAGGAAUGUGGAUAACCAAGUUUGUAAUGUUGGAGAGGCUUUUCUGCUAUCAUCACUGAGAAGAUAUGAGAACAUUCUUGCUACAGCGGAUCUUAUUCCUGAAAUUCUGUCAUCUAUAAUGCAUCGAGCUGCAGCUAUUAUAGCAUCUAAUGGACGGGUUUCAGGUUCAGGAGCUCUAGCUUUUGCCCGUUAUCUGUUGAAAAAAUAUAGCAAUGUGGUCAGUGUCGUUGAGUGGGAGAAAAAUUUCAAAACUACAUGUGACAAGAGACUUGCUUCUGAACUUGAGUCUGGAGGACGAUUAGUUAAUGGAGAGUUUGGACUUCCCCUUGGCGUUCCUGCAGGAAUUGAGGACCCUGAUGAUUAUUUCCGUCAAAAGAUAAGUGGUGGCCGGUUACCGUCCAGAGUAGGUUCUGGCAUGAGAGAUGUUGUACAGCGUAAUGUGGAAGAUGCAUUUCACUAUCUUUUUGGAAAAGACCGAAAGCUCUUUGCUGCUGGAGCACCAAAAGUUCCUUCUUUAGAAAAAUGGGAUAGUGGAUAUCAAAUUGCUCAACAAAUAGUUAUGGGUCUGAUGGAUUGCAUUAGGCAGACUGGUGGUGCUGCUCAAGAAGGAGAUCCCUCUUUGGUCACUUCUGCUGUUUCUGCCAUUGUUGGCAGUGUUGGUCCAUCUUUAGCAAAAUUGCCUGAUUUUUCUGCUGGCAAUAAUCAUCCAAAUAUAUCACUGGCAACAAGUUCAUUGAACUAUGCUAAAUGCAUUCUGCGAAUGCAUAUAACAUGUUUGUGUCUGCUUAAGGAAGCCCUGGGAGAACGUCAGAGCCGUGUAUUUGACAUUGCACUUGCAACAGAAGCUUCCAAUGCUCUUGCUGGAGUUUUUGCUCCUAGUAAAGCAUCUAGAAAUCAGUUUCAACCUGAAACCCAUGAUACCAGUGCAACUAUGUCAAAUGAUGUUGUAAACAGCUCUAGUAAAAUCGUGCUCGCCAGAACAACGAAAAUUGCUGCUUCUGUUUCUGCACUUAUUGUUGGUGCAGUUAUAUAUGGUGUUACCAGCCUGGAGAGAAUGGUAACCAUUCUCAGAUUGAAGGAGGGCCUGGAUGUAAUUCAAUUUGUAAGAAGCUCGAGAUCCAAUUCAAAUGGAAAUGCACGUUCAGUUGGGGCUAUUAAGGUGGAAAGUUCAGUUGAAGUACAUCUCCACUGGUUUAGACUGCUUGUUGGAAACUGCAGAACCAUAUGUGAAGGCUUAGUGGUGGAUCUCUUGAGUGAACCAUCCAUUGUAGCUCUUUCAAGAAUGCAGCGUAUGCUUCCUCUAAGUUUGGUCUUUCCGCCUGCCUAUUCAAUAUUUGCCUUUGUCAUGUGGCGGCCCUUCAUUAUGAAUGCUAAUGCAGUCAUACGUGAAGACACAAAUCAACUUUAUCAGACUCUAACAAUGGCCAUAAAUGAUGCAUUAAAACAUUUGCCUUUCCGAGAUGCAUGUUUAAGAGAUUCUCAGGGUCUUUAUGAUCUUAUGGCUACAGAUACGAGUGAUUUAGAGUUUGCAACCCUGCUAGAGUUGAAUGGCUCUGACAUGCAUUUAAACUCCACGGCGUUUGUUCCGCUUCGUGCUAGGCUUUUUUUAAAUGCCAUGAUUGAUUGUAAGAUGCCACAGUCUAUUUACACAAAUGAUGGUGGAAACCAGAUUUCUGGGCAGGGUGAAUCUAAAAUUCAUUUUAUUGAAAAUGAGUCUAAGCUUCAGGAUAAGCUUGUAGAUGUUUUAGAGGCUCUGCAACCUUCCAAAUUCCACUGGCAAUGGGUUGAACUCAGGCUGCUUUUAAACGAGCUGGCUCUCAUUGAAAAACUGCAGACACAUGAUAUGUCACUGGUUAAUGCUAUACAGUUAUCUUCACCGAGGUCCGAGAAGGCUGCUGCUUCUGAGAAUGAGAACAAUUUUAUUCAAAUAAUUUUCACAAGAUUACUUGUUAGACCCGAUGCUGCACCCCUUUUUUCAGAGUUGAUUCAUCUUUUUGGGAAGUCGCUAGAGGAUUCUAUGUUGUUGCAGGCUAAAUGGUUCCUUGGAGGUCAAGAUGUCCUCUUUGGUCGAAAGACCAUCAGGCAACGGCUAAUUAACAUUGCAGAGACAAAAGGAUUUUCUAUUAAGCCUCAGUUUUCAGAGCCCUGGGGUUGGUGUAGCCCGUGUACUGAUCCAAUAACUAUAAAGAGGGGUAAAAGGAAAAUUGAUUCUUUCUCUCUUGAAGAAGGAGAAGUUGUUGAAGGAGUGGAUGUGAAAAGGAACCUAAAAGGGUCCUCUCAAGUGUUUGACUCUGAAUUCUCAACCAUUAAGCAGCUGCGCGGGACUGAGAGGGCUUUUCUUGAAUUAAUUCUUCCAUCCAUAGAUCAAAGCUCCGAUGAAUCUCGUUAUUCGUUCGCUAGUGAUUUGAUCAAACAAUUAAGUUAUGUUGAGCAACAAAUAGCUGCAAUUAAUCGUGGUCCAGGUAAGUCAGCACCAAGUACGCCGGUGACUGAAGGUCUGACAAAUAAAGUACAUACCCGCAAAACUACAAAAGGUGGCAGCCCUGGAUUAGCCAGACGGCCAACAUCUUCAACAGAUUCUUCUCCACCUUCUCCUGCAGCUCUACGAGCCUCAAUGUCAUUGCGUAUCCAGUUAAUGAUGAGAUUCCUUCCCAUUCUUUGCUCAGACAGGGAGCCCUCAGUGCGGAACAUGAGACACACUCUUGCCUCUGUAAUUCUUCGACUACUUGGUAGUCGAAUUGUGUUUGAGGAUGCUAACAUUUUGUUUAAUGCCACACACUCUUCUCUGUCAAAAAAGGAUGGGGAGUCACCUUUCGAGGUUGCUAGUGCUGCUUUUGUAGAUUCUUCUGCACAGGGCCUUUUUGAUCGAUUGUUGUUGAUUUUGCAUGGUUUGUUGAGUAGUAGUCCUCCUAGCUGGCUUAGGUUGAAACCUGUUUCAAAGACGAGUAAUGCACCGACAAGAGAGUUUUCUGGAUUUGAUCGAGAGCUGUUGGAGACUUUGCAGAAUCACUUAGACUCCAUGCAACUGCCAGACUCUAUCCGGUGGCGUAUCCAAGCUGCAAUGCCUGUGCUCCCUCGUUCUACACUAUACUCUUUCUCUUGCCAGCCAUCAUCUGUUCCAAAUUCUUCUAUUGUAUCUCUUCAACCCAGAAUUAAAAAUUCCGGGUUUAAUUCCAGCAGUUUGGCUACCCCUCAGAGGAGUGCAGUUCCACUAUCAAGGACUGCAGCAGCAUCAGGGAAGUCAAAACAACAGGACACUGAUUUUGAAGUCGACCCUUGGACGCUUUUAGAGGAUGGCGCCGGAUCUUAUCCUUCUGCAAAUAAAGGAAGUGGCGACCUUGUUAAUAUUCAUGCCGCCAGCUGGCUUAAAGGGGCUGUAAGGGUGAGAAGGACAGACCUUACUUAUAUUGGUGCCGUGGAUGAUGAUGAUAGUUGAUUAAAAAAGAUUUUUGAUUGGUUUUGGAGUAUUCAAAGCAAAUCCCUCAUCAGGUGUAUUUAUUGUUUUGUUAUAUAAUUUUUAUGCAUAUUGGCGAAAAUAUGCCAUUUUAUGCUUUCCCUUCUUGUGUUGAACUUGAAGGGAAGUUGAGGGGACAUCAUUUUGAGAAACAGGUAAAAGGCAUGGAUUCUUUGGUGAAGAAAAGUGAAGGUGUUGUUGAUACCAGUCCAUCAUGUGUUGAAUCUUCCCUGGUUAACUUCUUACAGCUUGAUCACCACCCCCUCUCAAUAUGGACUUGUGUAUUUCGUUGCACAGUUCAUGGGUUUGUUGUAUAUAUUGGGAUGAUUUGUUUCACUUUACUGAUUUAUUUUGAGUAAAAUAUCUCAAAUGGUUUAUAGCUGUUUCUUUCUCAUUCGUGUCUUAAUGUGUGAGCUGUAUUUAGGAGGAGGUCACAAUCACACACGAGGGCACCUAACCAAUAGUUCUUUUUGUAUAUUCACAUUAUCAAAAUUAUCUAUGCUUUCAUAUGGAGAAUCUGCAUGAAAAGCAACAUUCAAUCAUUCAGUUA